GCCAAACAUCAAAGGGACCGCCAUUAUUGCUCUUGAUAACCAAAUUCAAAGCUUUGGGGUCUGUACCCACAAUUUACCAGCAAAAAAGAAAAAAAAAAUCUCAUCUUGAGCAAGCUCGAUCAUGGGUUCUGCCGGCGAAUUCAUACACAUUGUAAUGCUUCCUUUCAUGGGUCACGGCCAUCUCAUUCCAUUCCUAGCUUUAGCGAAGCAGAUCCGUCGCCAAACCGGCUUCAACAUCGCCAUAGCCAAUACUCCUCUCAACAUCCAGUACCUCCGUUCCACUCUCCGGCAGGACCCCAAUCCCGGAAUCCGCUUGUUGGAGCUCCCGUUCGCCAGUUCCGAUCACGGGUUGCCGCCCGACACGGAGAACACCGAGGACUUGACGUUGGAUCUCAUCGGUAAGCUCUUUUCUUCUUCCGUUUGUUUGAGGACCCCGUUUCGUGAUGCGUUGUCGGAUGUGGUUACACGGCAGGGAAGACCACCUGUUUGUGUUAUUUCUGAUGUGUUCUUCGGUUGGGCUGUCGAUGUCGCCAACGGUGUGGGAACGGUAAACGUUACGUUCUCGACGUGCGGUGGUUAUGGGACGAUGAGUUACGUUUCGUUGUGGUUGAAUCUUCCUCAUCGGAAAACGGAUUCCGAUGAGUUUAACGUGCCUGGAUUCCCUGAAAGGUGUAAAUUUCACGUCUCUCAACUGCAUGGGUUUUUGAGGAAUGCUGAUGGGAAUGAACUAUGGUCCAGGUUCAUGCAGCCACAGAUUUCUGGUUCUUUGAAGUCAUUUGGGUGGUUGUGCAACACGGUGGAGGAGAUUGAGCCAUUUGGUUUGGAUUUGCUGAGAAAAUUCAUCAAGUCCCCUGUUUGGCCAAUUGGUCCUCUUUUGCCCAACCCAUGGUUAGUUAACCCAUCGUCUUCGUCGUCCUCGAAUCGUGAUAGUUUAUAUAGACAACAUGCAGGGAAAGAGCCUGGGAUUUCACCUGAAAAGUGUCUUCAAUGGCUUGACAUGCAUGGUUAUGACUCAGUUCUUUACGUUUCUUUUGGUUCUCAAAACACCAUUAGUCCAUCACACAUGAUGGAACUGGCAAUUGGGUUGGAAGCCAGUGGGAAACCAUUCAUUUGGGUGAUUAGGCCUCCACUCGGAUUCAACUUAAAGUCCGAGUUUAAAUCCGAAUGGUUACCGCAAGGGUUCGAAGAUCGAAUGAGUAAGAGUAACCAAGGGUUGUUGGUGAAAAACUGGGCGCCGCAAUUGGAGAUCUUGUCGCAUAAGUCGACCGGGGCGUUUUUAAGCCAUUGCGGGUGGAAUUCAACGUUGGAAAGCUUGAGCCAAGGUGUAAAGAUCAUAGGGUGGCCGAUGGCGGCCGAGCAGGCUUAUAACUCGAAGAUGCUGGUGGAGGAAAUGGGAGUCGCGGUGGAGUUGACGACGGGGAUUCAGGGUUCUGUUUCGAGUGAACGGGUUAAGAAAGUGACGGAAAUGGUGAUGGAUAAAGAAGGGAAAGGAGGGGAUAUGAAGAAAAAAGCUGAAGAAAUCGCGGAACAUAUAAGGGCAGCUGUGAAGGAUGAAGGAGGUGACAAAGGGUCUUCUAUUAAAGCGUUAGAUGAUUUUGUUUCUGCCAUUAAAACAAGGAAAUCAGAUUAAAACUCGAGCUACCCAGCUUCCGCUCGGUUAUCGAAUCCAUACGAGCCGACAUGUCGGGUGUCAAAUGAUUUUCCCA